AUGUCAUUUGUAUCGAUCAACAUGGAAGGACACGAUCUUGGUACUUUGUUGCCCACAUCGAUUUCGUUACACAAACUUGCACUAGGGAAAUCCAACCAAAACAUUACUGUCCGUCUUUUGCGUUCUUGGAAAGAUACUCUUAUCCAAGCUUCAAUCUACCACCGACGUAUCCACAGAUUCAAAAGUCUACUUAAAGACGGAAACCUUUAUUUCUUGAGCGACUUUGAAGUAGUACCCAGCUACGGUCACUACAAAAUCACAGACAGCGAGCUCUUAAUCCGGUUUACGGACACCACUCAGCUUCUUGAAGUACCAGAUGAUGCCAUAGCAAUCAAAGAAGAGAAAUUCAGAUUGCACACAUACUCGGAACUUGAAGCUCUGGCUGACACCAACUUACAGUUAGUUGAUAUAGUGGGACAAAUAAUACAAGUGCAAGGAUCGAAUCUUGAAGACUCCACCUCGACACAAAAGAUCGUUGUUGGUCUCCUAAUACAGAAUGGAGUGAAAAUUCGAAUCACAUUAUGGGAUGGCCAAUCUUCUGCAUUCCGCCAACUUUUCAGAAACACCAAGCGCAAGUGUAGUGUGAUUGUAAUGACUUCUUUGAACCCGAAAAAGUUUGCAGGAAAACUGCAACUAAGCUCCAGCGGAUCAACCAAGUUUUAUAUUGACUACGGCUUAGAAGUUGUCAAAACAUUCAUGGGAAGCUUGGGGAUUAAAGAUGGUGAUUCUGAUGUGGCAACUGUUGACGAGGAGAGGAGAAUGACAAACAGGAAAUUAAAUAGGACUGAAACAUCACUGCAAUGUUACAAUUGCAGCGACGAAGAUGCCAUUGGAAUUCUGAGAUUCAGGGUAGAAAUAGAAGUACAAUGUGGCGUUGCAACCACCAAGUUUGUCUUGUCUGACAAAGAUGUUCGAAAGCUUACAAACACUACUGCUGAAGAUAUUAUAGCUUCGCAGCUCGAUUUUCAGAAACCGGAUGAGAAGGACGAAAAAGAAGAAAACCAGAGUCCUGACUUGAUUCCAGAGUGUCUUCGUCGUUUGAUUGGCAAAACUAUGGAAUUCCAAGUGAAGAUAACAAAAUACAACUUCAGGACUUCGUUACAAACAUUCACAGUUACGAGAGUUGUGAGUGAAAAGCCAGAGGUAACUUCUGCGGAUACAAUCCAAACCAUAGAGGGUGGUCAGACUAGCGAAGGAGAAGAACAUGUGUCCGAUGAAAAGCUAAUCAUGGUUGAGAUAAAGACAGAAAAUAGCGAGGAAUUACUGGACUUUGAAAAUGGAGUUGGACAUCUUGCUAAAAAGAAACGAACUAUGUGAUAGUUGGCUGCAGCUAUGAAAAGCGG